AUGUCUGCCAAUAGAAGACCAGGUUAUUUAUCAAAUGAUUGCAUUGCAACUAUAAAUUUUAUAUCUGAAAAAAUUUCGGAGUCACUUCAUAUUCUAGAUCAUGAUCCAUCUCUAGCAUUAUACCAAAUGCAAGUUCACAUUCAUAAGACAUUACCAAAGAUAACAUCAAGGAAAUAUAAAAUGAUAAAAAUUAAUGAACAAUUAGAUGGAGCAUGUUUUGACAUAGAUAAUUCAAAGGAUGCUGUUAAUUGCAUGUUAAAAACAUCGCCCUGUUUACAACGUAUGAAGAAUAAAAUGAAUGAAUGUCUGUACUUCAGUCAACAGUUAGAUUAUGAACAUAAACGCUUAGGCUACUUGCAUAAUUGUGAUAAUAAUAUUCCAAAUGAUACAUUGUCAACAACAACUACUACUCAAUAA